UCUCUCUCUCUCUCUCAAGCGCUCCCUCUCUGUUCAUUUCGUUCGGUGGCCCGAACUUCGAACUUCGAACCCCCUCUCCCCCGGACGCACAGUCGCACAGAAACCCUAAACUCCACUCGUCCUCGACUCCUCGCUCACCAACUUCCUCGACUCCUCCGUGGUAGUAAAAUCGAAGUCCUGAAAGUUCAGGCUAUCUAUUUUAUGCUGACGCCAUUCGCAUCUGAUUAGGGUAUUUUUGCACUAUCUGAAUACUUGCUGUUUCUUCUGAAAUGAGACCGUAAAGUUGGUGACUUACUGUAGGAUUAUGUUUUUGUUGAAGAAACAAAUUACGUGAUAAUACAAUAUAACUUGACCUUGGGGUGUUCAAAUGUCUCAUAUAUUAUAACAACAGUUGUCCUCAAUUCCUAGAUGAUAUUAUGUAUGGUCAAUCUUCCUGAUGGAAAAAAUAUGCUGCUCUGCUUGGAAACUGGCCUUAAGGUUUAAUGGCAAUCUCUCUUUCUUGCAAGACUCAUUUUUAGGUGAGAAAUCAAUGCUUGUAAUUGUUUUCUAGUGCACUGCUGGCUGUUUAGAUGUGUUAGUUAAUUCUCUGCCCAGAUGGAAUGGAAGAUAAUUACUUGCAAAAAUAUUUGAAGAACAUUUUCUCAAAAAACAAAAAAGAAAUGUUUGAAGAACAUAGAAGAAUAAAGUAUAAAGGGACUUAAAAAGAGAAGCAUACGAUUUUGAGUGGAAAGUGAUUUGGUAGGGCCAUAGAAAAUCCAGCAAAUUUUCAAUAAGAGAUGGAUAACUUUUAGUUUAGCAUGUGAGUUUGCUCUUAUGAUGUUUUAAUUUCAUAAAAAAAAAACAGAGGUUUGUUUGAUGAAUGAUUGUGGAUGCAACUUGAUGUAUGAACUCCAUUGGGUGGACUUGCAUAUGCACUUCUUUAUUUACUUGACUCUGAGAUAGACUAUAUUUUGAAUGUUCUAUUAUUAAAAAUAAUGAUAGAAGAUUGUCACUUAUGAACUUACUUAUGAACUCCUUUUUUUGUUAUAUUGAAUUCUAUGUUGACUUUGUAGACCAAACAUUUGGAUGUUAUUUUAUCUUCUUUCUUAUGCUCUAAUCAUUAUAAUUUGUGUGAGAAGAAAGUACUCAUUAUCUUGGACUUCAUUGGGAAAGUAAAAGCUAAGUUCUAGCUUGCUCUUCUUCUUUCUUAUUUUGCUCAUCCAAAAAAUUGAGCAUACUCUUUUUUACUUUUUAUGCUGAUAUUUUGUAGGCUUUGAAACACAGUGAGGGUGGUGUGUUUUGGAUUUGAUGAAUUUGAUGACCACUUAAAUAAUAUCCUUCUCAAGGAAUCUCUUUUGUCAACUCUAACUCAUUGCUGAUCAAGAGUUUUAGGAAUUUGUUGAGGUGAAGAGAAAUUUACCAAUGGCCUCAGCGAGGAGGAACAAUUACAAGGAGAAGAUUAUGCGUCGAAAAGAGGAGAAACGAGAAGAGCCUGAAACACCGAAGUAUCGAGAUCGUGCUAAGGAACGUAGAGAGGACCAAAAUCCUGAUUAUGAGCCAACUGAGCUAGGCGCCUUCCAUGCAGUUGCUCCCCCUGGGACAGUUGAUUUGAGGCUAGCAGAUGCGCAUAAGAUAUCGAUUGAGAACAGCAAGUAUCUCGGAGGUGAUUUGGAGCAUACUCAUUUGGUCAAAGGCUUGGAUUAUGCUUUGCUUCACAAAGUAAGGAGUGAAAUAGAGAAAAAACCUGAUGCCGAGGAUGGGAAAGAGGGAAAGUCAAGAGCAACAAAAGAAGAUCAAGAUGUUUCAUUCCGUACUGCAACAGCAAAGUCGGUGUAUCAAUGGAUCAUAAAGCCACAAAGCGUAAUCAAGGCGAAUGAAAUGUUUCUUCCUGGUCGGAUGGCAUUUAUAUUUAAUACGGAGGAUGGAUAUAACGAUAUCCCUACUACUAUUCAUAGAAGCAAAGCUGAUUGCCCAGUUCAAGAGGAUAUGGUAACUGUCAGUGUGGAUGGUUCUGUGCUUGAUAGGAUUGCAAAAAUUAUGUCAUAUCUUCGGCUUGGAUCAUCAGGGAAGGUCCUCAAGAAAAAGAAAAAGGAGAAAGAUACAAAAGGUAAAAAUUCUACUGUGGGCAACAAUUUUGAUGGAGAAGAGAAGACUACACAUCCUGAUUUUUCCAUUUCGAAGCAUCAUCCAGAAAAAGAGAUGCCGCCGCCACCGCCACCCCGCAAGAACAACGUGAAUGGAAGGGAAAAGCAGCCUGCUCCUGUUGCAAGAGUUGAGGAGGACGAUAUCUUUGUAGGAGAUGGAAUUGACUAUUCUAUUCCUUGUAAGGAAAUGAGCCAGAGCCCAAUUUCAGAGGAUAUGGAAGAAUCUCCACGUAACCGUGAGAGGCAAUCUUAUUUCGGUGAACCUGUUUAUGGUCCUGUUCCGCCUUCUGAGGCUGCUCAAGCUUGGUCACAAACAAAUGGAUAUGAUGCGAUUCAAGCUCAAAUGAUGGCGGCUGGAUACCAAGGAGAGUGGUCAGAUUAUCAGUAUGCUGAACAAUUGGCUUAUUCUGAACAGUAUCUACAGCAAAAUAUGCAGGAUUAUGAUGCAUUAGCAGGAACAAAUAUGCCACAGGAUCCACGGUUCAUGACUCAAGAAGACAAGGAUCGGGGUUUAGGAUCUGUUUUCAAGCGUGAUGACCAGAGGCUUCAACAACUGAGGGAAAAGGAUGCUCGGGAGAAGGAUCCAAAUUUUAUUUCUGAGAGUUAUUCUGAAUGCUAUCCUGGUUAUCAGGAGUAUAAUCAUGAGAUAGUAGACAGUGAUGAUGAAGCCGACUUGUCAAAGAUGGACAUGGGUGGCCGUGCAAAGGGUCGCCUUCAUAGGUGGGACUUUGAGACAGAAGAGGAGUGGGCCGCCUAUAACGAGCAGAAGGAGGCCAUGCCAAAGGCUGCAUUCCAGUUUGGAGUAAAGAUGCAGGACGGCCGCAAGACCCGGAAGCAAAACAAGGAUCAGAAGCUCACCAACGAGCUCCACAAAAUCAAUAAGAUCCUCGCAAGAAAGAAGGCGGAGGAGGGCCUAAACGAUGGCGGGCAAUACGACGACGAUUUGCCGAAUGCAAAGAAGCACCGAAUCUAAAUCAGUCGGUUCUCAAUUGUCUUGUUGUUAUGUAAGAUUCACCGUGUUUUCAUUUCUCAUGAAAUUCAUAGUAUUUUGACAGAUGUAAGGUCCUGUUUCAGUGGUGGUAUAUUAGUUUCUCACACUAGUAAUGUGAGAAUAAUACAUAUGGCAGCUAAAGUUGCGCUAAUCUGUGAUCAUUGAUAGUGCUCUGAUAGGAACCACCUGUACAACACCAUAUAGAAUUCGUCGAAGAGCAACUUUACUGUGUCAAGAUUUUGAAGGUUUCAAUGCUUUUAUAUUUUAGAAAAGUAUACUCUUCUGAUUUUUCGUUC